GUGUUCCUGUGGCUGGACGUGAUUGGCGAUUCGCAGCAUCCUCGUAUCUGUUAACAGGUCAAAAUGCAGAUCUUCGUGAAGACCCUGACUGGCAAGACCAUCACCCUUGAGGUGGAGCCCAAUGACACCAUCGAAAAUGUGAAGGCCAAUAUCCAGGAUAAGGAAGGCAUCCUCCCCGACCAGCAGAGGCUCAUCUUUGCACGCAUGCAGCUAGAAGAUGGCUGCACUCUUUCUGACUACAACAUCCAGAAAGAGUCGACCCUGCACCUGGUUCAGCGUCUGAGACGUGGCUGUUAAUUCUUCAGUCUUGCA